GGAUGUAUGUGUGUGUGCGAUCGGUGGGCGACUUCGGUUUUGAUGUGCGGGUUGACGACGGCUGACGCCUGCCUGUGUAUGCUCUCAGCCACCGCCGCACGGCCAACGCAGGCUAGUGUCGGUUUAUACGCGAAGCCGGCUGGAAGCUAUAUCAGUUUUUAUGUUGAACACACUCUCCUUCAGUUUUUGAUUAGUCAAGAGUCCUCCUUACGGUUUUUUGGAUUUUUGGUGUGUAACUCUUUUGUUCUACGCUAUUUGUCAACCUGGUGCUGAUCUGGCAGGCGGAAUUCGUUACGCAAACCCUGCUUAUAUCCGGUUCCUGUGAGACGUUUCUAUGUGAAGUUGUGUGUAACGUAAGGACUAGGAUUGUCCACCUACACCCCGUCCGCAGCGGAGCACGUUUUUCGUUGAAUCGCACCCCCACUCGCUGCGUCGCAUAAGGACUUCCGAAACGGAAGCAGUGAUUCAUGUUAGUGUCCUGCUUACUUUGAGUUGUUUUCAUCGUUCUGUUAUCGUUCGGAAAAUAAGCAAUAACUGAAUCGUAAGUUUGUUAAGUUUGGAACUGACCGAAAACAUCAAACAGUGAUAACCCAGAAAAUACUCAUUCAUAAGAAUACGAACCGGUGCAGCCGCAGUGUGAAGAGCACAGUGAAACGAGUAGUCACAGUGGUGCAUAAAAAGUGAACGAGUUCUCAUAAACUCAAUUUUUAUCAGUUUGGUUUGUAAUUAAUGCAAACGAAAAGGAAGCCCGAUUUGUGAUAAUCGAAUGUCAUUGACCAAUCGGAGACUCGGAUGACUCCGAAGGUGUUCAGAUAUGUCGUUUGAAGAAGAUACUAACCCCCGUUUCGGUCCCCGCGACCGCAUCUAGCGUUGGCUGAACAGCGCACGUGAAACUCGACGGCAGCAGAAGCAGCACCAGCGGCGGCAAAACAUCACCACGGACAGCCGAAGGCAGCUCAGAUACGCGCAAAUUCAAAGUGCCGCUGGCUCGACUGCCAACUUCAACAACAAAUAACAAAUACUUCGCUUUGCUACCAGUUUUUGAAACUCCAUUUUUCCAAGCAACUUUACUCAUCAAUUACACACAACAAUUACACACAAGUUCUAACAAAAAAGCGCCAAAAGUUUAUUACCGCAUUACCAGACAACAGUUGCUGUUCAAGUGCUUCUUUUACUAAAAAAUACCACUUUUUACAACUUUUAACCGUCAAUUUAUAACCAACUCUAAGGUCGUUACUUCAAACAAAAAUAUUGCUUCGAAUAAUCCGCUAGCAAACAACGGAAAAGUUCUUUCUACACUCUUAACGCCCUUAAGAAUCGUGAAAAAGUGUCUUAUUUACACAAAGUAGUAAAAGUAGUCCAAACUAAACAGAUAUAAGAAGAUUUUAUAAAGCCCAAUAAAAGUGAUACCGGAUAGAAAAAAAACGGAAGAAACAAGUGCAUGUGUGUGAACGGAGAUCAACUCGAGAGAAAAAGCAAGUAGUGUGAUUAGAAAAUAGCAGAACGUGUGUGAAGUGCCACCCUCCACAACUUGGACCCGAACCCGAAGAAGCCGAAGCAAAUGCAAAUAUGACACCAAACACCCAAGCCGGGAGUGGACUGAACUGAAUGUCCGCAGUAGUUUGCAAUAAACUAAGUUUUGUUCUUGAAGCGGAUAGAAAAAACGCAUCCAGAUCCCAAUUCCCGAAGAACUCAAAUAUCGAGAAAAACUUCGACGCGGUCGCUAGAAUCCAUCCAGAGUAACCAGGCAGGCAGCAGUAGCAGCGGAAGAAAUAAAUUCAUCUUUUAGUUUUUAUAUGAAUCCCCCUUUUCGUCACUUCGGCCAGUAACAGAAUCACUGACCUGAUGACUAUGGCGGAUGGCAGCUAUGACCCAAUGGGGCAUAUCCAGACGGGUCGUCAGCAUCCUCACUCGCAUCAUCCGGUUCAUCAUCACCAUCACCAUGGCAGUACCGGUGGUGGUGGCGGCGGCGGCGGCGGUGGAGGCGGCAUUCCUCUUGGCAGCAGUACAUUCCUUCAGCUGGAGCACCUACAACAGCUUCACCAGCGCUACCAACACCAGCUCCAGCAACAGCAGCAGCAACAACAACAGCAGCAAAGUCAGCAGCCGUCUCCAUCCAGCAUGGAGAACAACAACAACCUACCCGCGGCUGCCAAUCACAAUCUGUUUCGCUCGGAACAGAAGAAACACAAGCGGAAGCGACUGUCUGCUGUUCUGGACAAGCUGCAUCACAACGGGGCAUCGGUGAAUCACAACAACAACAAUGUCGGCGAAGGAAGCUUUAAGAUGAAACGGUCGGAGUCGCGUUCCAGUACGGAAGACUCCGUCGAAGAUGUCUUUCCAUACUCAGCAAGCCCUCGAAUUAGCGUAAGUCCUCUGCGUCUGAACGAAUCGGACGAGAACAACAUGAACCAGGUUCAAAUCAAACAGGAACCGCAACAGUACCUCUACAAGCAGCUACAGUACAUGAACCCGCUAGCAUUCUUCAACUACUUCCCGCAGCAAACUAAGCUCCUGUAUCAGGAGAUCGCUCGACAACGGAGUCAUUCCGACUCCGACCUGCAACAAUUGCCUCAGAAACUUCCGGAGACUGCACCGGCGGUGCCAGCCGAACCUCAGGAACCUCAAGAAUUUCCGCUAGAUCUGUCCAUGAAGGCGUCGCCGACAUUGCUCCACCACAGCUCUCCUAGUCUAGACUCUGUGAUCAAGCAGGAACCGAAGUUGACCUUCACUCCGCCCCCUCAAUCGCUGCCAUCGAUCGUCAAAGGAGACGUCGCCUCAAACAACACCAAAAAGUCCGCAGCUGCCUGCUACAACCUGAACGUGUCUCCCGUGGUGGAAGAGAUGCCACCCGGGUCGGACGUUGCCUACAUGUGCCCCGUCUGUGGCCAGCUGUUUUCGCUGCAGGACCGCCUAGCCAAACACAUGGCAUCCCGCCACAAAAGCCGCUCCAACUCAACAGACAUCACCAAGUCCUACAUCUGCGAAGUCUGUCAGCGAUCGUUUGCCCGAUCGGACAUGCUGACGCGCCACAUGCGUCUGCACACUGGCGUCAAACCGUACUCCUGUAAGGUCUGCGGGCAGAUCUUCUCCCGCUCCGAUCACUUGUCAACGCACCAGCGGACGCAUACCGGCGAGAAACCCUACAAAUGUCCCCAGUGCCCAUACGCAGCCUGUCGGCGGGACAUGAUCACCCGUCACAUGCGGACGCACACUCGGUACGACGCUCAACGCAGCGGAAGCUCCAGCGGGUCCCCGUCCGGAAGCCCCGCCUCAAUGGACCACAAGCCGCUGAUGCUGCCGGUGGUCAGCCUCAGCUCCGGUGCCAGCGCUCGGGCCAUCAAGAAGGAAUCGGCCUUCGCCACCAGCCCCGGUAGCUACGUUAUCGAAACAAAGACUGAAUCCUAGGUCGUGUGAAAGCUCUCAGACAACACGCCCCCCGUUAGCGAUGGGAAAGAGAAAACUUGGUAGUUUUCUGUGUUAGUAGUCGCCCUUUUCCUAGCAUUCCUAGUUUCCUAGCCGUUUUAUACUCUUCUUGAUUAGUAGUUGUGUUUCGGUUUGCCAAUCUCUUGUUGUGUUAGUAGGUAUAGAGUUUCCUUUUUUUAGAACUAUUCAAGAAAAAAGUGUAUUCUAAGAAAUUUGAACUAUUCCCGAAUUCAUUCCCAGAAAUCGUAGAAGUUUUUGAAAAGCAGCUUAUAGGAUUAAAUCUCUCCCCAUGUUCCCCCUGUUAUUUGGAAGUUGCGGAACAAAACAAAAGAAAUCUCAAAGGUUGUGAAUUUAAGAAAACAUAAAUCUAGAAUAGAACAUUUUAGACAUUAGUUGAAAAAGAUCGUGCUUUCGUUACACGCGUCCUUCACUUCAUUUGUGCUCAUGAAACCCCCCUACGCCACAUUGCCCUUUCCUCUAGUCUUGUGAUUUCAACGAAAUGACCCCAGGAUUUCCAAUGCGAUAACUUUACUGCAUAAACGAUCAGUGAUUCCCAAAACAUUCCCCUUCCGCGAAAACACGUUUGUAGAUUCCGGUAGAACACACACACUAGCGACAUCUAAAGGUAGAACCGAGAAAUAGCUCAAACAUACACACAGAACCAGAACACUGAAACAACAAAAAAAAACAA